AUGAAGCAUUGUGAUUGUAAUAUUUAUGAUACUACCGCUGCACCAGCUUCUCCUUUGGAGUGUGGCCCCGGCGAGACAAACACUAGGGUGCUUGAUUCUGGUAAAAAUAAAAAUAAAAAUAUAGAAAAUACCAAAGUAGAAAAACAUGUCUCUUUUGAUUCUUCUUCUUCUUUGGAGCCACUUUCCACAGAAAUCCCAAAGCGUGUGUUGAUGUGCACAUAUUUAUUCCAAAAAGAGAUCCGUUUAAAUGUUGGUGUGGAAAACCUUGCCCAGGGCAUGGUACACCCAACCAGCGCACUGUUUGAUUCAGGCGCUAACAGCAUCUUCACAGAUCAGGUCUGGGCGGAGCAAGUCGGACUCCCCCUUGUAAAAUUAGAUGUAUCUAUUCUCGUCUAUAACGUGACAAAACCGGAUAAACCCGGUCUCUGCCAAAGCAGCCAUUGUUCUCCAUGGAGUAUAGCCACCACUCCAUAG